UUUCCUGCCGCUGGGCCUUCCCGGACUAACCGCCUCACGCUACACCACAACGUUCCCUGCCGCCGACGCGUUCGCAUGAAGUCGAGGAGAAUCGUAACGCGAGAGUGUUUUCGAGUGUUCUAACUUUAAGUGUUUUGAAUGAAUCGUGUAUCAUGGAAGACGACCCGCAGCAGCACCUGUUAGCUGAAGAGUACGUCCACGAUUUCGUCCUGGACCACUUGGAAGAUAUUACCGUGAAACGUGAAGAGAAACAACGUCAGUACAUGGAGUCCGGACAGUGGUUGCACCAUCAGGAGGACGAGGAGGCAAACAGGAGACCUCACGGGUGGGACGAGCGUAGGAACUUGUCUCCCUCCGAAGGUAUUUACCAGCAGCCGGUGCUGAUUAAUAUGAUCGAUCCGGAUACUCCUCCUCACACCACCCCGAGCCAAUCGCCCGUGCCCUAUCGGCCGCAUACUGUCGAAGAUGACCAGCAACAGAUGACCAUGCAGAUGUGGUUUCCCUUAAGGUCCGAGCCGCAACCUUUGGACUUACGACCGCUGCAUUGUAUGGGCGCGGGAGAUCCUGACUGGGACAGACGAGGAUACAUACCGUCCGGCAUGAUCCUCGAGGACCAGAACCACCACGUGCACCACCAGAGGCCACAAUCAGUUUCUUCGGUAGCCAGCUUGUCCAUAUCCCCCAGGGUAAGCAACCGGAGGGACAGUGGUUAUUUGACCAGCGAUGGGUGUAACACCAGCGGUUACUCCACUUGCUCAGAAGACAUCGGACUGACCGACAAACUUUUAAUGAGCUUAUCAGUGCGUGAGUUAAACAAACGCUUACACGGUUGCCCCCGCGAGGAAAUAAUCAGUCUGAAGCAGAGACGAAGGACUUUGAAGAAUCGGGGCUACGCUCAGAACUGUCGUUCCAAACGUUUGCAGCAGCGUCAAGAUCUGGAGCAAACGAACAGAACGUUGCAGAACGAGCUGCACCGCACCAGGUCAGAGUUGGCGCGGGUGAUGCAAGAGUUGGACCGAUUGAAGUUGCAGGUGAGGAACCACCAGGGGGGUCAGAACGUCGCUCAGAGUUGCGAGAAUCAGAACAGCUCGCCCGAGUAUUACGUCUGACAUCACUUUCAGGGUCGCCGACUAUAGUAUCAGCGAUCCAUCGGCGGUUCUUCCUUAGAGUUUCCGGUUGAGAGACGCAGAGGUGAUCGCCGUUAAUCAGUGCAAGUGAGAGAAAGAGUAUUUUUGACAAACUAGGAUAGUAUUAAUCAUCGUUCGGUUUUUGUUGCAUGGUGCCAAGUUUAUUGUUUUUUUUAUUUAAUUGUACGUGGUUAGACCUUAAGGUAAAAAAAAUAUGUUAAGUUUUGGUUUUGUUUUGCAAUCUUGAAAUAUCACUUUUGUAAAAUAAAUUAAAAAGCAUAUCUGACAUUUACGAUUAGGUAUUAAUUAAUAUUUUUUUUUUUUAACUUUAAGGCAUUUUUUAAAAUAUAUUUUUAUAUCUCGCGGGUCGGUUUUGGACCCGACACGUUAUGUUUUACAAAAAAAAAAUAUAUUAUAUUUAAAAUAUGUUAUGUGAAAACGAGUUGUAAAUAAAACAAAUCUUAGAUGCCAAUAAACACAAUGUUGGUUUAUAU